ACUAGGGGGCCAGCCCGGCCAGCAGCCAGUGUUGAGUCAGACGUAGUGGAAGGUGUGCAGAUACCGUCCUUCUUGGUGGCGUGACCGCCACUCUUCCACUGCCAAUUUUCUCAUAUAUGAGGAUAUUUAACGUGUGAGGCGUCCCCGCGCGUGGUGCGAGGCAUUUUGUGUAGUUUUAUUUUGUGUUAAUUUUAGGGUGUGUUGUGACGCAUUGUAAGGUGGUGGAUUGUUCCUAAGCCACUACACAGUUACCGCCCCAGCGACCGCCCACGCGCCCACCGGCCACCACACGGGCUGGCGUGGAGCCUACACCGUUUAUCACUGUAAACUAAGGUGAAGCCCCAAGAUGAGUGAAGGGGUGGAUCAGCAGCCAGCUAAUGGCGUCAAUGGUGCAGCUACACAGGAGGAGGAGGUGCGUCUCAUGACUGAGGAGGAACUGGAGCGAGAAAAGAUGAGACCUCCCGAUAUUGACCAAGAUAUGAAGGAAAUGGAACGCCGGAAACGUGUGGAGAACAUCAUGAAUUCUACCAUUUUCCGCGAAGAAUUGGAGAAGAUCGUGGAAACACAGCUUACAGAAGGUUACUCAGGUUACCAGGCCAUCCAAAAUAUAUCUGAAAUGAUGGGGAUCCCUUGUUCACGUGUCAAUAUGUUCAGAAGUAGUCAAAGUGUUAUCCCCAUAAAUGACAUUCGUGGUAUGGACAGCUUCAACUUUGCUAAAGGAGAGAAGUUGCUCCGAUGUAAACUAGCUGCAGUCUACAGACUUAUUGACAUGCAUGGCUGGACACAAAGCAUUUACAAUCACAUAACGGGUCGAAUCAGCCAGGACACAGAACACUUCCUCCUAAAUCCAUUUGGUUUGUUGUAUCAUGAGGUUACAGCCUCCUCAUUGGUGAAGGUUGACAUGCAGGGCAAUGUGGUUGAGUCAGGUUCAACAAACUUUGGCGUAAAUAUUGCUGGACUCAUGCUUCACUCGGCCAUUCAUGCUGCUAGACCAGACAUCAAGUGCAUUGUUCACAUACAUCAUCCAGCAGUUGUAGCGGUAUCAGUCCUGAAACAAGGACUAAUGUCUCUUUCACAGGAGUCUCUGCUCCUUGGAGAUAUAUCAUACCAUGAUUAUCAGGGCAUAUUUGUUAAUCCUGAUGAUAAAGAGAAACUUGCACGCAAUCUUGGGCCCACCAAUAAGGUUAUGUUGCUACGAAAUCAUGGUGCUGUGUGCUGUGGUGAGAGUAUGGAGGAAGCAUGGUAUAAUACCUACCACACAAUCAUUUCCUGUGAGACACAGAUGCGUAUGGCGCCACUUGGUCUGGACAGCUUGAUAGUAGUAAACGAUGAUGUUCGCCACGCAGUCUUUGACGUUUCUCGACGAGGAGGUGGAGGUGUUGACAGUAAGCAGGAGGGCGGACCAGCAACACAGGGUCCAAAGGAACGCAAAUGGAAGGUUGGGGAGCUGGAGUUUGAAGCUCUCAUGAGAUCCCUUGAUAAUGCUGGUCUUAGAACAGGAUACAUCUACCGACGGCCUUUGAUUAAACAAGAUGCACCAAGGCAGCAGAGUGAUGUUGCCCUUCCUCCCACUGCCUCCAACUACACUCAUCUGUUUGAUGAGGAUGACAUUACAAGGAGCCCCUUGAAGAGGAUCUUGGAUGGCCGUAAGACUCAGGACAAAACACGAUGGCUGAACUCGCCCAAUGUCUAUCAGAAGGUGGAGGUGCUGGAAACUGGCACACCGGAUCCAAAGAAGAUCACCAAGUGGGUGGCUGAUGCGUCUCCCACACAUUCUACUUCAACACCAGUCAAAUUGGAAUCUGCACUCCAGUUUGUUCCAGUCAAUACCAACCCCAGGGAGUUCAAGACCGUUCAAAAGAUGAUUAAGGAAAAUCGUCGCAUUGGUAACAUCAGUGCAGGUCCCACAUCACACCUCUUGGAGGGAGUGACUUGGGAUGAAGCAAGACGUAUGCAGGAUGCUAGUAUGUCUGUAGCCACUGACCAUGUUAUUCUAGUUGGAGCUGCAUCCAAGGGAAUUAUUCAGAGGGAUUUCCAACAUAAUGCAGUUGUGUACAAAACACCAUAUGCCAAGAAUCCAUUUGAUGCUGUCACUGACCAGGAGUUAGAAGAAUAUAAGGAAUUGGUAGAACGUAAACAGCGAGGAGAUCCAAUUGAGGAGAUAGAAAUAGAAAAAAUGAAUAUUAUGCCAGAACGAGCUAUGGUAGAUGUUGUGGAUGACUCCAUGCAAGAUUCCACUCUUAACACUACUGCCCCCACCAGUCCCACUUCAGAUCAAGAAGCAUCCAGUGCUACGGUGCUGAAGGUGGAAACAAAACAGGCGCCAAGAGCAAGCAAAGCACAGUCUGUCGUCCUGAGCGAUGAUGGAGAACGGGUUGUUCGCCAAAAGCCAAGUCUUCCCCCUAAACCCAACAUUCCGAAGAAGCCCACCCUGGGCCCUGGGGUACCUGUUGGCCCUCCACAGAGGGUUCAGGCAACUAUGAAAACACUGCCAGCGAGAGAUGGCUCCCCUGUAGAAGACCUGCAGCCCUCCCUGCAGACAGGGGGUGGAGUCUGGCACCAGGGGGAGAUGACACCUCCCUCUGCUCCCCCUGGUUCAGACACAUUGUCUCGCUCCCCCACUGUCCAGGUGGGUGAGGGCCAUCCUACUUCCCGCACCAACUCCCUCACCCGUGGAAUUCAGAAGAUGCUAAAGGCAGCAUCACGGUCCACAGAGGAAGAUGGAGUGAAGGCACGGGAGCCAAGUCCCACGCUGGAGCGAUCCAAGUCUGCAUUUUAUAAGAAUGAAGUGGCAACUGAGAAGCGGUCAUCGCUCCAGCGCCGCUCCUGGUCUCUGUCACGCAAAGGGGAGACAGUAGCCAAUGGUGAUGAUAAUGAAGCACAUCAUAGCACAGUCUCGCACAGUAGUAAAGAGGGUUCCCCAACAAAGGAUACCUCCCUAACAGAUGACUCCAUCUCUAAGGACAAGAAAAAGAAGAAGAAGGGUCUUCGUACUCCUAGCUUCCUUAAGAAGAAGAAAGACAAGAAGAAGGAGAAGGAGGCUGCCCAUCAGUAGCACCUGUAACCCCCACUCCUUCACUGACUCCCGUCUCUGGUAGACCAAUGCUGACACUGCCAGAACCUGUAGAUAGCAAAGAAGAAUGUGUUGUGGGAGCCCUUGUGUGGUGCUGGCGAGAGGCGUGCUGCUGCUGACAUUGUUCAUCGGAUCCAAGACUUGUCAUUCAAAAUUUUUUGUCAGCUCUUAAUAUUUCCAUGUUAUUUCCUUUUCCUUACAUUCAGUUUUACAGAUAAGGCAGUGUUAGUGAUUAAAACUAUGCUUUACUGUGUAUAUUUUUAGUGGUUACUUUUGUAGUAUGUAGAUAUGAUUUUUAUUUUAUAUUUCUUUUCUUUCUUUUUUUAACCCAAACAUUUUAUGUUUGAAAUUGAAGAAGCUAAAUGCAAUUAUAGCUUUGUAAUGUUACAAAUAAUUUUUUUUACUCAUUAGGCUCUCUAUCUUUAGAAAAAAAAAUUUAUACCAGGUUUUUAAAGCUGGUCUUCAAAACUACAACUUUCAUUAGAGUGCCUCGAGUCAAGUUUUAGAUGCUGAUGAACACCUUUAUGUCGAUGCUUGAUGUGAGUGUCUGUGUGUAUGGAUGUGUGUGACUUGCUAAUCUGCAGAAGUCAUAAUGUGGAGGAGCAGUACACCAGUGAUGUAUGUAAUGCCUUGGUUGUUUCUUAACAAUACCCACCUGCUCUCCAAUAUGUAGCACAGUCUUCAGGUCAGUUUGUUCUGAUUCCCUGCAAAAUUAUGGCAGUACAAUCACAGACCCCAUUUACAGUGUGGUAACUUAAUCUGGCCUGUAAAUUGGGUUAUAAAGUAAUGACCUUCAUGAUUUUAUCAUUAUGAAUGAAUGAAUGCACACUAGCCCCAUUUUCCUCUUACUCUUGUCCUUCCACGGAUAGUUGUUGGAUCAGCAGUCUCUCGUCUCACCCUAGCAAGUCUCACCAUUUGCACUAAAUGGUUCACAUGUUGAAGAGAGACUAACAGUUGGCUCUUUGCUCUUCCCUCCCCUCCCUUGGUUAGAUGAUAGCCCUCAUUUUUUGAGAGCUAAGUGAAAGAAUCUUUAUAAUCUUUUUUUAUGAGUCUGACCCCAACUAUUAAGAAUGGAAGGACCACAGUAUCAGCUGGGGACGCCCUUCUACUUUUGUCAUUUCUGUUUUUAUCAGCUAUAGUAGACCCAUUGGAUACCACCACUGGGAUCUCUUAAGCUGCUACAUCUUCAUCCUUCCUGUUAACCUUGUAACUUAUGUCCAGAAGAAAUUAUUUGUUGAUGCAGAUAUCUGUGACUGGUCAAUGCUUGGGUCACCAUUUGUAUCAUUCAGUUGAUGUGUCUCAAUCCAGUGGACUUGAGUUUACUCAGAAAGCCCAUGAGUACAGGAGUUCUGUUGCUUCCUAAUGACUACCAGGAAAUUGGUCAGUUACUUUACUAGUUCCACAAGUUGAGAUACUUAGCUGGAGAUACUGGAGGUUGUUGUAGGACCACUUUUGUCUUCUCUUGCUGCUAGAAGGUGGAUUGUUUAAUUAGCUACACAUUCAUUUUUUAAUCACAGCUUAGCACUGUUUUAUAUACAUCUGUAUUAUAGCAUCUAAAUAAAUCAUUAUUAUUAUUAUUAUAAUUAUAUGAAUAUGCAGGCAGCUGAUUUUAGCUUGUUUUGGAAAGAAAAUAAAAUGUCCCAAUUUUACAAAUUCUAAGUCGUUGUUCUUUCAUUCCACAACCUAUUGUGUAUGUUUUUUAUGUUUGCUUAUUUGGGAGUAAAAAGUUUUGUAUAUCUAAGGGGCCUUAUACCAACGACAUCCUUAUAUUCGUUGAAAUGUCUGAUUUGUAACAUGACGAGUCUUCUUUCAGUGUAUGAGCUUUUUCAUCAUUAUAAUUAUUAAUGCUGCUGUAUUUAAUAAAAGGAUAAGCAACUAUUA